UUAAAAGCCGCCAGCAGCAGGUUCAUUAAAAAAAGGUGUAUCUUCAGAUCGCGGCAGUGGAGAGAGUAAAAAAGAACAAAAUUUAAGUCGCCGGGCCUCCCAUUCCAUUGCCAGCGUGACAGCCAAGGGGUCAACAACGAUGUCCACAAACGAACAAUUCAAGUAUCUGAGCGGAUUUGGCAACGAAUUUGCGACUGAGGAUCCACGCUGCCCAGGCGCCCUCCCCGUCGGCCAAAACAACCCCCAAAAAUGCCCCUACGGACUCUACGCCGAGCAAUUGUCUGGAACUGCUUUCACAGCCCCCAGGACUGAGAACCAGAGGUCGUGGUUGUACAGGAUCCGUCCGUCUGUCAUUCACAAACCAUUUGCGCCACUUCAAGCUGCUCCCAAAUUUUUCAACCACGACUGGAACGAAAAUGAGCCGAAUCCAAAUCAGAUGCGUUGGAGGCCCUACGAUAUUCCUGCCUUGGAGAAAGCAGUCGAUUUCCUCCAGGGCUUGCACACCGUUUGUGGCGCCGGAGAUGCGAAGACUCGAAACGGAAUCGCGGUCCACGUUUACUUAUGCAACACUUCCAUGACCAACUCUUGCCUUUACAACUCCGACGGUGACUUCUUGUUCGUUCCGCAGCAAGGCCGCCUCAAAAUUACGACCGAAUUUGGAAAGCUGAUUGUCAACCCCAAUGAAAUCUGUGUUAUUCAGCAAGGAAUUCGCUUCAGUAUUGAAGUGGAAGGGCCAACUCGUGGCUACAUUCUCGAAGUCUAUGACGGGCACUUCCAACUUCCAAACCUCGGACCCAUUGGCGCCAACGGUUUGGCAAACCCAAGAGACUUCCUGACGCCAGUGGCUUGUUACGAGGACCGAGAUGUACCUGAAGGGUUCAGGGUGGUCUCCAAGUUCCAGGGUAAACUGUUUGAAGCCAAGCAGUUGCACAGCCCCUUCGACGUGGUCGCCUGGCACGGAAACUACGCGCCGUACAAAUACAACCUGGACCACUUCAUGGUCAUCAACGCCACGCAGUUUGACCACGCUGACCCUUCGAUUUUCACUGUGCUGACUUGCCCUUCGAACAAGCCCGGAGCAGCAAUCGCUGACUUUGUGAUCUUCCCUCCGCGCUGGGCGGUCCAGGAACACACAUUCCGACCUCCAUACUACCACAGGAACUGCAUGAGUGAGUUCAUGGGACUGAUUAAGGGCAAUUACGAAGCCAAGGAGGAUGGAUUCGCCCCUGGCGGCGCCUCUCUCCACUCGAUGAUGACUCCCCACGGCCCUGAUUACAAGUGUUUCGAAGGCGCCUCAAAUGGAGAACUGAAACCAGUGCGCGUUGCUGAUGGCACACAGGCUUUCAUGUUCGAGUCAUCGCUGAGUUUGGCAGUGACCAAGUGGGGAGAGGAAACGUGCCAGAAGUUGGAUCACACCUAUUACGAAUGCUGGCAACCUUUGAAGAAGCACUUUGACCCCAAUUGGAAGCCUCAAUAAUUUAAAAAAAAAAUAUUAUCAAAAAUAAAAUAAUGGUGGUAGUUCAUAUAUUUACAUGAAUAAAAACUUGCUCGGAUUUGAUUUACCAUUAACAAAAUGAUUAGCUUUAUUUAAUAUGUUACAAAUAUUUAUAUACGGCCUUUGCGCGGUAUUAUGUAUAAUUUGAUAGCCAAGAAGCAGUAUCAACAGAGAUUUCAAUAUGAUAUAUACUUUUCCUGAAAUAUAUUUCUGCAUCUUUGUCCAA